ACCGAUGCGCAAACUCGUCGCUUCCAUCGCGGAAGCCAACCCGCGCGGCCUUCGUCAGCCGUGCCGCUACAUCUAAAUUACCAUUGAAUAUGACGUAAGCGGCUAUACGAAGUGAUAGCGCCCAUAUAUAAAGACGACAGCACAACCAUCAGUAACUCCCCUAUAACUCGUUACAGCAACUCCCCGGCUUCCUACCUCUGCCUUCUGCCUCCAUAGAUUGAAUAACGGAUACAUCAAUCGACAUAGGUUAAACGCAUAUCCCCCGCAGCCGUGACAAGAGUUGCCCUGCGGGCAGCUUCGCACCGCGAUGGCGGGACUUCACCCGUCGGCAGCGUCGUGGAGGCCGCGUAACUCGGCUUCUGCAAGUAGCUUUGUGGCGAUCCUGGUGCUAGCGGCGUUGAGCUUGUGCUGCGCUCGCAAGUCGGCUAUUGAAGUCACCGGCAACGUUGCAGUCAUGACCAGUAUCCGUGUGCUGCACCAGCAGCAGCCCGCGGCCUCCAACCCCACCACCAACUCGCUGGGCUCGCCUCUGGACAUCAGCUCAGUCAACUUUGUGGAGCUGCGCUGCCCCGACAUCAUCAACGCUGAGGGAUUUGCGGUGCCCGACCCCGAGUGCAACGCCCCCCUGACCACGCUAGCUGACGGCGAGGACGCGCUGGGCUUUGCGGCGGAGCAGGAGCUGCUUAGCGGAGACCUGGUGCAGGUAACCGUGCGCGUGAACGAGGAGACCGCCGCCGCGCUCAACGCCACCCGCCAGCCGCGCCGCAACAGGAACUCGUCCGCGCCUUCGCCCGCGCCCAGCGGCCACCGCCGCCGCCACCUGCUCCAGCGCGCCGCUGCCGCCGCUGCCGCAGACGAGUAUGACGGGAUGAGCAGCGACCCGGAGCCCCAGUCCGACGACCAACUGGAAGCCGCGCUGGAGUCUGACAGCGAUGAUGAGUACGGCUCGGAGUACGACACCGAUGACCAAGAUGGGGAUGAGGAUGAGGAUGGGGAGGAUGCUGAAGGCACGGCCGACAUGCAAGCGGUGGAGGACGCCGCCGCCGAGCUGGACACACACCGCCGCCGUGAGCUGCGCUCCGCCGACGCCAUCGCCCGCCGCCAGUCGCCUUCCGGCUUCAAGUACGUGCCCGGCUCGCUACGCAUCAAGCGGCGCGGCGCCCAGAAGGAGAUCUACACCGGCACGCCCAUCCCGCUGCGCUCCACCAUCUACCUCCUGGACUUCUGCAACUGGACCAACCCCUACCGCUCGCCCGAGGCCUUCAAGAAGUACGUGUCCAGUGGCAACGGCUCCGUGGAGAACAACCUCAUGAACUACUACCGCACCUGCAGCUACGGCAAGAGCUCGUUCGACUGGGGCAACGUGACGGUGAUUGGGCCGGUGCAGCUGCCGUGCAAGGGCGACGUCAGCAGCGGAUCCCUCAAGUACGCCUUCGACGGCUCGACCAAGUGCGGCGCCGCCGAGCAGCUGUCGUGGGUGCGGGGCGCUGAGAGCUACGGCCAACAGCUGGCCGCCACCAACGACGUCGUCAAGUCCAUCCUGGCCUGGACGCAGCGGCGGCGCAUCAUGCUCAUCCUGCCCGCCCAGGCCAAGUGCGGCUGGGCCGGACUGGCUGACGUGGCCUGCACCAGCCCCACCUGCCGCUCCUUCAUCAAGGGCAGCUACGCCUCCAACGACAAUGUCAUGUACCACGAGCUGCAGCACAACUUCGGGCUCAGCCACGCCGGCAAGGGCAUCAACGAGUACGGUGACCCCACCGACCCCUUGGGCGACUACAACGCCGUGGGCACACACCUGCAGUGCCACAACGCGCCCAACAACUACCGCAUCGGCUGGGCCAAGCCCGUGAACCAGAUCCCCGGCAAGGGCGGCGACGGCUGGUGGGGCAACCUGACCGCCGGCAACUUCACCGCCGCUAGCAACCACCUGCGCUUCACCAUCCCCGCCUCAGCCAUCUCUGACGAGAACAUGGUGGUCGUGAACCUGGCCGCCGCCUCCGCCGACCCCGCCGCUGCCCGCAUCCCCUACCCCAAGUACUUCCUGUCCUACCGCGUGCGCAACACAACCAACGGCGCCUUUGACUCCGGCAUCACCUCCGGCUACAGCAACCGCCUGAUCAUUCACGCCUUCAACGGCAGCCAGAGCGAGCGUGACUACAACCGCUCCCUGCUCAUCGACGCCGGCCCCAAGUUCUCAAACCCCGACCGCUCCUUCGGCAACGGCACGGUCUGGGCCUCGCCCUUCGUGCCGUACAACGCCGCGUCUGGUCUGGGCGGCGGGCUGCGCAUCAAGGUGCUCCGGACCGGGCCCACCUCGGUCGAUAUCGACGUGUGCCGCAUGUUUGACACCAAGGAGGGCACGCCUGGGAGCGAGAACUGCUACGCGGGCCAGGACCGCGACUGCGACGGACUGUACGGCACAGACGACCCCGACUGCAAGGCCUAGUGGAGUAUGGUUCGUAGCGGUCUGCGGCAGGGGAGGAUGUACCACACGCGUGCCUCGCGGCUUGUGCCGUACAGGCGAUUGCGUGUCCGUGUCAGCGUCGGGUGCAGGCAGGGGAGGUGUGACCAUGCGCAUGCCAUGUGAGGGGUAGGGGCUGAGGGCUGAUGCGCAGCCAUUGAGGCGCGGAGCAGGCAAAGUGCGUGCAUAAGCAACCAUGCAGAGCGCACAUAUGAAGAGGGUAACACGUACAGUAUUCAUGAUUCAUCCUGUGUACACAUGAGCGCCAGCGCUUGAUAGGCAAGCGGCAAUUGCGCCCGUGAUAGAUCUGGCCUAUUCAUUGACAAACAAACUGCUAUGCGGGGUGGCGUUUUGAGUGCGCAAGCAUGAUGCGCUGCUAGCAGGGGACCGCGUAGUCCCUGCGGGGAUAGUUUGAUUCAUAAGCGUACAUAGCCGUGAUUGGACACGUAUAAGUGAUCCUGAUGAUCCUGAUUCAUGGCUGGCUGGCAAAGCCACAGGUGGGCAUGGAUAGAAAACUGCAUGUGCGUUAUGCAGAUUGGGGAUUGGCACUAAUGCAACCUGGCCGGUGAUGGCUGGGCCGGUUUGGUAUUGCAUGGAAUCCUGAAAUGGAAACGGAAAGGUCAUGGCACAGAGCUACAGGCACCCAGGUAGCUUAGAUGGUGGCACGGCAAGCAGGCACUGGAAAUGUGCUUCAGUAUUU